AUGGCGGGACUUUUGAGAAUCCAUGUCAGCAGUACUAGGAAUCCGGUUGCGCUUAGGUCCGGCACCAAACAGACAUAUAAGAGAGCGUCCGUGAGAGUCACGUGUGCCGCCUAUACACCAAAGAAACGUUACUCCAUCGCCGUGCUUCCCGGCGACGGCGUCGGCAACGAAGUCAUCCCAAUCGCCGUGGAUGCGCUUCGCCUAGCAGGGUCACUCGAAGGUUUAGAGUUGAGCUUCGAGGAACUGCCUAUCGGAGGCGUUGCUUUAGAUCUCGUGGGAGUUCCAUUACCGGACGAAACAUUGAGAAAGGCAAAACAAUCAGACGCUGUUCUUCUCGGAGCUGUUGGAUGGCCGAAAUGGGAUGAUGGUCCAAAGCAUUUGAAGCCAAUAACUGGGCUGUUGCAGCUUCGUGCCGGUCUUGAAGUAUUCUCCAAUUUAAGACCCAUCAGAGUGUUCCCUCAGUUGAUCGGUUCGACAUGUCUGCGGAAAGAAACUGUUCAAGGGGUCGACCUAAUGAUCAUCCGAGAGCUUACUGGCGGUAUUUACAACGCACAUCCUCGGGGUUUUACCACAAAUGAGAAAGGUGAAGAAGUUGGGUUCAGCACAGAGUCCUACUCUUCAAGUGAGGUUGAUAAUAUCGCUCGUGUUGCAUUUGAGAUUGCUAAGCAACGUCGUGGUAGACUUUGCUCUGUUGACAAGGCUGCCAUCUUAGAGGGAUCAAUGUUGUGGAGGAAAAGAGUAACGAAAAUGGCCUCAGAAUAUCCUGAGGUUGAAGUGAGCCAUCUGCUCAUUGACACUGCUGCAAUGGAUCUUAUUCGCCACCCAACACAGUUUGAUAUCAUCUUGACUGGGGUCAUGUUCGGUGAUAUCCUCUCUGAUCUCGCGGCUGUGAUCCCCGGAAGUGUAGGAUUGCUUCCAUCUGCUUCCCUUGGUGAUUCUGGGCCUGGUAUCUUCGAACCUGUGCAUGGCUCUGCACCUAGACACUAUGGAAAGGACACGGCGAAUCCAUUGGCGGCUGUUCUAUCAGCAGUAAUGCUUUUGAGAUACGGAUUGAAAGAAGAAAAGGCUGCAAAGAGGAUAGAAGAUGCAGUCUUCGAUGUUCUUGAUCGCGGAUUCAGAACACGUGAUAUUCACACUACUGGAACUAAAUUGGUAGGUUGCAAGAGAAUGGGUCAGGAGAUACUGAGCUCUCUGAAUGCCAGAGUUUUGGCUUCAAAUGGAAGUUUGGUCCAGCUGCAAAAUUAA